AUGACAUCGAUACAUUCGGAGAUCAAGGGCAUCAAGAAAGAGGUCCGGGACCAGUACGCUAAUUCGGCAGAUAAUUCGAAAUCAAAUAGUGAUAGUGGAUGGAAAGAGUUACUGGCAUCAGUUAAUAAUAAUCCUUACCAAUAUAGGCGAAUCAAGCAGGCUACUAAGGAGAAAUAUUUCAAUUCAAACGCAAAAAUUAUAGAAGAUCCAUUGGAAGAAUCGGCAUUCAAUUACAGGAUUUGUAAUAGUUGUGGAGCGCCAUUGGCGUUGAACAGUAUAAUGGAUCAUUUGGAAAACCACUGCAAAGGUAACAACGGUGCAGAUUCUGCGAAAGAAAUGAAGAGAGAGCCCACGGAUGAUGAAUUCGAAAGUAUGUCGUCUGUGGAGAAGAAAAAUCCUGACUCUAGUGCGUCUAACGGUAAGCGUUUAGCCACAGAUGAGGGUUCGUAUACCCCAGGACCAGAUCAAAAGAAGUUAAAAGAAAGUAGUGAGACCCCAUUGAAAAGACAGCGGAAAGUAAAGCAAAGAAAUCCAACUGAUAAACAUCUUAUCGAUUUUGAUAAGCAAUGUGGUGUCGAAUUACCGGAAGGUGGUUAUUGUGCUCGUUCUUUGACAUGCAAAUCGCAUUCUAUGGGAGCCAAAAGAUCUGUAGUUGGGCGUACACAACCGUUCGACUCACUCUUGGCUGAUUAUCAUAAGCAACACCAAACUAAGAUCGGAGCCGCUGCUGAGAAGCGUGCAAAGCAACAGGAGAUACAGAAGCAACAGAAGCAGGUACAGAGAGAACAGAAGAAACAAUCGCAGCAGAAUAAGCAAAGCCAAAAAAAUAGGAAGGGCAACUCGGCGGGACCAGGAGGCAGCUCGAAAUCCGCAAAUGGUGCUUCAUCGAAAAACGGUACAGAUGCGUUGGGAUCUGACAUGAGCUUGACGCCCGAAGAGGAAACAACUCAAGUCUUGAAUGGUGUCUCCAGAUCAUUCCCUCUUCCUUUAGAGUCUACAGUACUCUCUUCAGUGAGAGGAAGAACUAAGUAUUUCAGAAUGAGAGAGAUGUUCGCUUCUGCGUUCUCUGUGAAACCUGGCUACACUCCACCAGGGUAUGGUGCUAUUCAUUCGCGCGUUGGUUGCCUCGACUUGGAUAGGACUACCGACUACAAGCUUCGUAUCCGUACUCCUCAGCCUAUUAAUCAACUGCCACCUCAAGGUCUAACUCCAGAACAGCUACAGAAAUUACAACAACAAAGACUACUGCGAGCUCAGAUGCAACGUGAUAAUCAGCAGCAAAAUAAUUAUCAGCAGCAGCACCAUCAAGCGCCAAUUCCACAGCAUCAACAGACCUCAAUGCCAUAUAAUCAUGUUGCUGUACCGAGGGCCAUGGAUAGCAUGUCAAAACCACCGCAAGGACAAAUUUCUCAUGAGCAGAAUGGUUUGACCCCACAAGAGAUCCAAUUUCAACAACAAAACUACGACAGCAACAAUUACAGCAACAACGUUUCGAAGCGGCAGCCUUCCAUCUAG